AUUUAAUUUAGUGUAGAUAACAGACGAUGCAAGUUUUUCGCUCGAUUGCGGUAAGCGAACACUGCGGGCGGCGCCAACACGAUAACCGACCAUUCGCUCGCUCGCCGGCUAACCCGCCUGGCGUGUCACUCCGCGCGCCGACCACCCGUCACCCGUCAAUGGUGUUUGUGAUACAACCAGGGAUUUUCAAACAAAAACAAUAGGAUAACCAACUUCAAAAUGGAUAAGGACCACGCUUUAGAAGAGAUGAUGGGGAAACUCGGGGAUUUCGGGCGGUACCAAUGCUUUCAGUUUAUUCUUCACAUCCUGGCGGCGUUGACUGCCGGCAUGCACAUGCUGUCUCUGGUGACGGUAGCCGCGGUGCCUGACCAUAGGUGUGCACUCGAAGGAAUAGACAGCAUGAAUUAUACGGAACCAUGGAAUUCAUCUCUCGUUCGAAACGCCAUCCCUCUAAAUGAACACGGAAAAUUGGAAUCUUGUUAUAUGUAUGGAGUUAAUAAAACUUUGAAGGAAUGUCAAUCUUGGGUUUACGAUACAAAGUAUUAUACGUCAUCCCGCGGGAUCGAGUGGGACUUUGUCUGCAGCCGGCGGUGGAUGGGAGCGGCAGGACAGACUGCAUACAUGUUCGGAGUUGUCAUCGGUUCUGUCGUACUUGGUCGCUUGUGUGACAAGCUAGGUAGGAAAACUAUCUUCGUUUGGUCGGGAAUCUUGCAACUCGUAUUGGGUGUCGCAGUUGCCUUUACUACAGAAUACUACACUUUUACUGUGGUACGUUUUCUAUACGGCAUAUUCGGUUCCGGCUCAUACAUUGCCGGCUUCGUUCUCACUAUGGAACUCGUUGGACCAACAAGACGCACGAUAUGCGGAGUUACAUUUCAAAUCAUGUUCGCGAUUGGUAUUAUGCUUUUAGCAGCCUGGGGAUAUCUUUUGGAUAAUAGAUUCUAUUUACAAAUUCUAUAUGCAUUACACGCAGUUAUUUUACUUCCUCAUUGGAUAAUAAUGGAUGAAUCUCCCAGGUGGCUUUGGGCGCAGGGCCGCGCACGAGAAUCUGUCGCCAUUAUAGAAAAAGCUCUCAAGGUAAACAAAACCAAUGAAACAGUAGACACUCCUUCACUGGUGUCUCAAUGCAAAGUGACGUGCGCAAAAUACACAGACGAGCACUCGGCUGGAACGAUUGACCUUUUCAAAACUCCGAAUAUGCUUAUGAAGACAUUGAUUAUCUCCGGUUGCUGGUUUGCUAAUGCGGUUGUUUAUUAUGGUUUAUCUUUGAAUACAGGGAAACUUAAUGGUAAUCCUUAUUUUAUUAUGUUCUUAAUGGGUGUUGUGGAGCUACCGAGUUACGUCAUUAUAAUGUAUUAUUUGGAUCGAGUUGGGCACCGAGCGCUGAUAAGCGCGAUGUUGUUGUUAGGAGGAAUAUCUUGUUUAGUUGUCGUUACCUUACCCCAUGGUUCUACGUCAGCUACAGGAGUAGUAAUGGUGGGCAAACUCUUUAUAUCCGGAUCUUAUUCUAUUAUUUAUAAAUAUUCAGCGGAAUUAUUCCCAACGGUAGUUCGAAGUUCUGGAGUCGGUCUGGGUAGCAUGUGCGCUAGUGUGUCAGGCGCCUUAACACCUCUGAUUAGUUUGCUCGAUACCCUGAAUCCUAAAAUCCCAACUGUCAUUUUCGGUUUUCUGGCUUUACUUUCCGGCUUUUCUACAUUCUUUUUACCAGAAACUAUCGGCAGAAAUCUUCCACAGUCUAUUGAGGACGGAGAAAAGUUUGGCGUUGGUGAUACAUGUUUUACGAAUUGCAGCGGCAAAGCAAUGAGUAAUUCUUCUUUGGACUUACCCGAAACUAUGGUGCCCUUAGAUGCUGAAAAGAAACAAUGAGAUGGUAUAUAAAUAAGCAACUUAUCACCUUUUGGCGUAAAAAGAAAUACGAAUUUGUAAUAUAUUUCAAUAAUUAUCAGGGUAAUAACAAAAGUAAAAGAUGCCUCUCUAACAUUUUUGUACUGUUUUAUAUUUUAUAGAUCCACUUUUUUUCGUAUUCAUUAUGUGUGUACACUAUACAUUUUAUGCUACUUGGAAUUAAGGAUGUAUCUAAUAUUCUUGUACAUAUGUUUUGAUACUGCUUAUCAUAUGAUAUACAUGUACAGAAGUAAUCUAAGCACAAAGUAAAUAAAAUAAAUUACAUUUUAUUAUGUACGAGUAUAAUCAGGGUAAAUUUUUCAGAUAGAAAAUAUAUAAUUGCUUUAUAUUUAAAACCUAUAUUUAUUCCAUAGCCAAAAAGACACACAAUAUAUUAAGCUAACAACGAAUUUAAGAUUAAUAUUUAUGUCUAAAUUAUUGUUGGUAACAUUAUCUAAUAUUUGCCUUAUUGACAAAUGGCGUUUAAUUUUUAUCACUUAUUAAUAAUAUUAUGUGUUUAAUAAUAACUCUAUCUUGCCUAUAAUAUCUCUCUACAGAUUAUCUUUUACUUUCUUACCGUGCGUUUUCACUGCCGAAACAGAUAAAUGUUCAGAUGAUUCGGCAGUGGAAAACCUGGGUUGUAGGUUUAAUUAUAAUUUUAGUUAUGCUGACUGUGUUUAUUGAAGUCACUAAUGUAAUACGUAUAGCAAAAAUAGGAUAAGGUUAAAACGUUCAGCUUUUAUUGUGCUGGUUUCACCUUUAUAAUAGUAGUUUAGUUAUCUAGUCAGGUUUUACGUAAAUGCGAAUUAGACUGGAUGAUCAUAGUUCUAUAAGUAUUCAUUUAAAUCAUAUUAUAAAUUAUUUUUAUUUAGUUAUAUAUCGCCAGAAACUGAAGUAAUUAACAAAACAAUAAUAUGAACUGCAAAAAAGACAAUAGAUUCAAACAUCACGCGUUAGGUUUUGAAGGAUAGCGUUUAAAUUAAAAGUAUAAUUUUAUUUUUAAUUUUACGAAAAUAGCAGACCUAUUUAUGCCAUAUUUCAUAUUUUCUACUGUAAGUUUAUAGAUUUAUUGGAAGUGUUUUAAGUACAUAUUUUAGUAAACCAUAUACAAACCUUGUAUAAUGUAGGAAAAUGUGCUAUAAUUAUUUUUAAGCAAGUUGUAGAUGAGCGUUUUAAAUAAGUUACAUUGCGUUAACUUAAAUAUUAGUACUGCCCAAUAACUAGUCUAUGGCUAUUAGUUACAUAGAAAUACAUAAACAUCACAUAAUAUAUUGCAAAUAGAAUGUAUUUAGAUAUAGACCUUAUAAGGCUAAUAAAACUAAAUAUUAUAAAAUUAUAAUUGUUAAGUACUAUCAGGGGAUCUUUCGGUAUUACACGUUAAAAGCAAUAACCAAUAGGAUACAGCUUUUGAAUGUGUUUGUAUAAAAAAAAGGUCUGUCAGUGAUACACGACUAAUUUGUUCACUGCUAUGUAAUUAUUUUCUAACUUUGCCUCGUUGGAAGAAACAAGACAAUUUUUUUUAUAAGUGGAUGACCGCGAAGGGCCCUGACUGUACAUGUCCUGUUUAGAUGAUUUGAAAAUUUAAGGUAUUUAACUUUUCGAUCAAUUUAGAUUUACUACAAUUUUUUAUGUGGAUUAUAAAUAUUUACAUAAAACUUUUUUCCUGUACUCCAU